AUGGGUUCUUCUUCUCAAAAGUGGGUUAUCGGGUUACUUCUUUUCUUGAGCAUUUUCUUGGAACUAAGUGCCAUCACUUUAGGUGAUGACAAGCUUGAAGAGUCGAGGUGGGGUAAUGAUAAUGGUUGUGGAUAUGGUAGGAGAGGUUGUGGGGGAUAUGGUGGACGCGGUGGACGUGGGGGAUGGGGAGGACGCGGUGGUCCAGGUUUUGGUGGUGGUAGAGGUGCAGGUGGAGGGUUUGGAGGCGGAGCUGGAGGCGGUGGUGGACUAGGUGGAGGAGGAGGGUUAGGGGGUGGUGGAGGAGCUGGUGGAGGUCUUGGCGGAGGAGCUGGAGGAGGUCUUGGAGGAGGAGCUGGAGGUGGACUAGGUGGAGGAGGAGGAGGAGGAUUAGGGGGUGGUGGAGGUAGAGGAGUUGGUGGUGGAGCAGGUAGUGGAGGAGGGUUUGGAGCUGGUGGUGGUGUUGGUGGUGGUGCUGGCACUGGAGGCGGUGUUGGAGGAGGUGGUGGCUUCGGUGGUGGUGGAGGAGGAGGUGUUGGUGGAGGGUCAGGUCAUGGCGGUGGAUUUGGAGCUGGAGGAGGUGUAGGAGGUGGUGCAGGAGGAGGACUUGGUGGUGGAGCUGGUGGAGGUGGAGGUAGUGGUGGUGGGGGAGGUAUAGGUGGUGGUUCUGGACAUGGAGGAGGAUUUGGAGCUGGAGGUGGUGUUGGUGGUGGUGUUGGAGGAGGAGCUGCAGGAGGAGGUGGUGGUGGAGGAGGCGGUGGUGGUGGUGGUGGAGGAGGUGGUCUUGGAGGAGGCUCAGGACAUGGUGGUGGAUUUGGAGCAGGCGGUGGAGUUGGAGGUGGUGCCGCUGGAGGAGUAGGAGGUGGAGGUGGAUUUGGAGGUGGUGGUGGAGGUGGUGGAGCAGGUGGAGGAUUAGGAGGAGGAGCUGGUGGAGGUGGAGGAUUAGGUGGCGGACAUGGUGGAGGAUUAGGAGGCGGACAUGGCGGAGGAUUUGGAGUUGGAGUUGGGAUUGGCAUAGGAGUUGGUGUUGGUACUGGAGCUGGAAAAGGUGUGGGUGUAGGAAGUGGAUCUGGCAGUGGUGGUGGCGGCAAUGGCCGCUGA